AAGGGUACGUAACACUUUACCAUACAGGAAAGUAUGUGAAGAAAACAACCACACACAUACACAUUGCCACACAGCGUCCCGUUUUGAGUACACUGAUGUCAUGUGAACUGUUACACGCUACCACAAAUGAUAAGUGUUUGGCAAUGCAGAUUAUUUUAGACGUAUGUGCAUGUAUUAUGAACAGAUGUGACCGCUGUUUGUUGGAGAGACUGAAGUCAGGGGAAAAUGUUGUCGUUGCGGAGGGAUAUCUUUUUGAGUUUGAGAGAAGAGGUUACCUUAAAGCCGGAAGUUUUAUACCAGAAGUUGUCCUCGAACACCCUGAAAAGGUCAAAGGGUUGCACGAAGAGUUUGUCCAUGCCGGAAGUGACGUCGUGUUAGCUUUUACGUACUAUGGACAUCGUGAAAAGCUAAGACAGUGCGGACGUGAAAGAGACCUGGAAAAGUUAAAUGUUACCGCCUUGAAAAUCGCUCGCCAAGUAGCAGACGACACAGGAACACUCAUGGCGGGAAACAUCUGUAAUUCGUGUGUAUACGAGGUCGGCAACCCAGCAUCAAUAGAAACGACACGAAACAUGUUUAAGGAACAGAUCGAAUGGGCUGUAGCAGGCGGAGCGGAUUACAUUGUCGCAGAAACGUUCCACAAUGUGGGAGAAGCAUUAUUAGCGCUCGAAUGUAUAAAAGAAUACGGAAAGGUACCUGCUGUCAUCACCAUGGGAAGUUCGGCGAAUGGUUUGUCCUCUGAUGGUUUUACACACGUGGAGGCGAGCCGUCGACUGGAGGAAGCAGGAGCGGACGUAGUGGGACUCAACUGUACACGGGGACCAGCCACCAUGAUGCCAUUCCUUGGGGAGAUUCGGCAACAGUGUAAAGGACCAAUAGCCGCGUUGCCUGUGUUGUACAGAACCACGCCCGCCCAACCAACCAUGCAGUCUCUCAUUAAUCCUGAAACUGGUAAAUAUGCCUUUCCGAGUGAUCUUCCUGCGAUGGCCUGCUCAAGAACGGCUGUUCGCGAAUUCGCACGGGAAUGUCUGAAGAUAGGAGUGCAGUACAUUGGAUUAUGUUGCGGAAACAGUCCGCAUUACAUCCGGGAGGUGGCGGAAGAAUGUGGAAGAAGUCCUCCGGCCAGCAGAUAUUCCCCAAAUAUGUCUGAACACUACAUAUUCGGUGGUAACGUCAAAGAAUAUCAUGCCAAAACGUUACUCAACGAAAUAAGGACCUGAACUGUGCGAAGAAUUU